AUGUCGUCCCAAGUGGAGGAGACGGAUCCUCCGAACCACCAGCCCAGCUUUGUCUUCGGGGAACCCAAAGCCCAGACCCCCAGAGGAGAGAGUCCAGAGGAAACCGAGCCAUCAGAGCUGUCCGAACACCACUGCCCAGAGACAGUGUGUCUGAGCAGAACCAGCUUGAAGAAAGUGUCAGAGCAUUUUAUAAGAAACAGCUCACUAAAGUAUUUAUAUCUGGAAGGUAAUGAUAUAUCCAGUCUCCCAUGUUUGAUGUUCACUGGCCUGCCCAACCUGCUUUGGCUGGACCUCAGACAUAACCACAUUGAAUCCCUCCCUGCAGAAAUUGGCUUGCACAGAGCUUUAAAAACUUUGCUACUAGAGGGAAAUCCAAUCUCAGAACUUCCUGUAGAACUUGGAAAUGUGAUUACCCUGAAAGGUCUGAAUCUGAGAAACUGCCCCAUCAGUUUUCCCCCUCAAGAUAUUGUGCACCAGGGCCUCCAGUGCAUUCUCCAGUACCUGAGGAGUGCCAUGGCUAAGCGACCAGUUAGCGUGAGAAAGAGCCCUCCAGAGAUGCCAGUGGUGGAGAAGCUCCAGCUGUCAGAGCUGAUGGGUUCCAGUCUGGAGGAGCAAGAUGAUACACUGGACAAGGAGGAGCUGCAGAAGUUCAGGGAACUCAAAGACAAGUUGAGUCUCUUGGAUAAGACAGAACUGGAGUCGGCAGCACAGGGUGAUAGACACGCAGUACCACGCCUUCUUCUUAAUACCAAAAGAAAAAAGGUGACGACCAAGGCCGGCAUAAUUCCUCAGCUCCACUUGUUUGACACUCAGCUUUGGAGGAGGCCAGAAGAAAGAAGACAGAAUGCAAUGAAAGAACUCAAAGAGAAACAAGCAAUCAUUGUUCAGAGGAAAAAAAGCCAAGAGGCUCUUUGGAAAUGGCGUACACAAUCCAAGAUCACACAGGAGAGGAAAAUGUCAGAGCACAAGAGGAAAAAGCAACAACAAAGAAAACAAAAGGAGGCAGAAGCAGAGUCGCAGCCUGGUGAUGAGGACGGCAGUGAAUCUCCUCAGAGGCAACUGUCCAGCUUGUCCAUCAGAGAAGACGAAGAGUUCAGAUCCACCCGUUACCUGGAGCGACGGAUUCGUGCUCACGUUGAAAAGAUGCAGGAGCGACGCAGGAAUCCCACGGGCACAAGAGCCGAGCAGAUCGCGGCAGCAGAGCAAGAUGUGGAGGAGAUGAGGAGGUUACAGAAUCAGCUUCUGGAGAAAAGACAGAGAAGAGGUUUUGAACAUUUCUCCACAAUCUUCACAGCCGACCCAAGUUUCCUUGAAUAAUGGUUGUGAUUAUACAUAGGGCAUCUUGUUUUGUGGGAUUAAAUCUAAACUCUACUUCA